AUGAAUCUGAAUGACUAUCCUUGCAAGAAUCCUUCUGAUGCAACUUCAGACGACUUCUGCUACAAAGGUUUCAUGAAUGACAACAAAGUGUUCAAUAUCUAUGGGCUGAGCAUCAGCCAAGCAACAGCUAAUAAUUUCCCGGGGCUAAACAGUCUUGGAAUAUCCAUGAUUCAAGCGGAGCUGCUCAAAGGAGGAGUUGUACGCCCGCAUACACACCCACGGGCAUCUGAGCUAGUUGUAUGCACGAAGGGGAGAAUCCUUGUAGGCUUUGUGACAACAGAUAGCGUUUUCUUGUACAAAAUUUUGAAGCCCAAAAUGGUGUUUGUGAUCCCUCAGGCGAUGUUGCACAUGGUAAUUAAUGUUGGAAAAGGGAAUGCCCUCCUUUAUGCAAAGCUUCAACAGUCAAAAUCCAGGUCUCUCUUCAAUUCCACUCCUUCAGUUCCUGAUGCUGCCUGA